AUGAAUCAACUUUAUCGUUUAUUAAAACCUUGGGCCAACAAAUACACCGUCAUCUUAUCAUGGUCAUUAAGCGUACUUAAUGUAUACCUCUUCUUCAAACCAUUACGAGAAUACGCUACGUCAGCUGGCUUAUCAACUCUGCCUAAGGUACUCGAUGAAAUCAAUUAUUACACACCUGAUGAAGGAUAUGAAGCAUUAACAAACUUAGGUAGCCGUGGUCGUUAUGCGUAUCGCUUGGCUAAUUAUACAGAUUUUGUUCUGCCUAUUUUGUUGUUUUUCGCAUUAACUCUACCGAAUUUGGCGUUAGGCAAAGGUAGUCGUUGUGUCGUCGGUCCAUUUAUUUACAUGUUCGUUGAUUAUCUGGAAAAUAUUGCCGAGAAAUAUGUUUUAGAAAUCUAUCCGGAACGAAAUGAUCCGAUCAUGACAUUCGCAUGCUACACAGUGAAUGAGACGAUGAACAGUGCAAGUCAUACUGUGCUAUUAGAUCUUUUAUUGAAAGCAACUCGAACAUCGGAUGUUCAAGAAGCGAUUCAAUGGUGGAAUCACUUCUACGAAACUCUUCAUGCUUAUCGCAUCAACCGCGAACAAUCAUCAACAAUUGAACGACAUUUUUUCCUUACAAAGCGACACUCAUCCACUUCUUCGAAAACUAUCCAAGCACUUGCGGAAGUACUUGAUAAAGAUAAUUUAUCUGUUAUUCAUUACGUUGCCUAUCAUAACAAUUUCGAAAUCUGUCAAAGAUUGGCCGAUGAGAACUGUGAUUUCAACACUAUGGGCAAGGAUGGUGAAACUAUAUUGCAUAUUGCAGCUCGAUCGAAAGAGAUCAAUGGCGAUACUGAACGUGACCAAUUUCAUUCAUUACUAUUCUAUUUAUUAUCAAAAUUGACAAUAAAGAAAAAAGCGUUGGUUAAUAUUGAUCAACGUGAUGACCAUGGACGAUCUGCACUGCAUCAUGCUAUUAUGUCCAAUCGAAUAGCUAAUACGAAGUUGUUACUCGAUUAUCAGGCGUGCAUUGCGGUUAGGGAUAUUUGUCAAGCAACACCAUUACAUUAUGCUUGUCGUUAUAAUCAAACAAACACAAUCGUUCGAUAUUUAUUAGCUCAAGCUGAGUCUCUAGCAUUUCAACCGGAUAGAUUUCAAUGGAUGGGACGAAAUGCAUCGCAUAAAGCAUGCUUUCCCAUCCGUUCGAAACUUGAUUAUAUCAAUGCGAAGUCAAGAGAUGGUCAUGAUGCAUUUUCCCUCGCGCGAAUGUACGCACAUGAUGAGAUUCUUGAUGAACUCUUUGAACAUAUUCCAAACGAUGAUAUUCAUUGGCAAGAAAGAGAUAGAAUGAUCUCGAAUCGGAUCUGCAAAGCCAUUCGCGUGGAUGAUUAUCUCACUCUCGAUUCAUAUCCUAGUUGGUUUAUUAUCAAUGAGCAUACCGGUGAAACGGUACUCCAUCUCGCGUGCACACUUGGUUGCUCAACAACUGUUCAAUAUCUUCUCGAGCGCCAACGAAAAGAUCAUCACCAAGGGCCAAAUGCCAUUUUCUUACGUGAAAAACAACAUGGAUUUACUCCUCUACUUUCAGCGGUUUACAUCGGUCAAGUGAAAUGUUUUGAAUGUAUGCUGGAUUAUACUCUUGAAGCAAUGUCAACCAAACCUGAUUUGCUGGUUGAUCGAUAUGGUCGAACAUUGUUACAUCUUGCCGUUUUAUCACGAGAAGCAAGGAUUUUGGACACUUUCUUCUUGACCAUUCAUUCGGAAUCAUCUUUAUUCGUGAAGUUAAUUGAACCGAUGCUAUAUGCAUUAGAUUACAACGAUGAAACUCCACUCCAACUUGCCGUUCGGCUGAAACUGUAUUCGUUUUGUCAAUUCUUACUCCAAUUCGCCGAUAAACUUGAUGAUAUUCAACAGCCGCAUAUCUAUUUUGAUAAAAUCGAUGGCGAACUAAUUCGAUCAACACACACAUACACAAAUACUAUUCGUGUGAUACCAACGAUGAUGUCUUCUAUGUUAACUAAAUCACGUGUAUACACAAUUGCAUGUAAAAAUAAAACUGGUCAAUCAUCGUUUCAUACUGCCGUUCUUCAGGGUGAUUUAUACCUAAUGAAUCUGUUUCUUCAAUAUGUAGACGAAUCUGGUAGGAGAUAUUUAUUAGAGCAAACCAAUGGCCAAAUACGAACGGCGUUACAUCUAGCUUGCUUGAAGGGAUAUCUUGAAAUCGUGAAGAAAUUGUUUUCAUUGAAUGUGGAUGUCUAUGUACGUGAUAUGGAUGGAUCAACACCAUUACAUUGUGUAGCUCGUUGUGUUCACAUGAGAUAUAUCAAUGGAAAUGAUGCAUCUGCUUGUAUUUUGGAUAUUUUUCUCGAAUACAUUCAGAACUGUAAACAAAUGUCUUUUGAUUUAUUAACGGCAAUUGACGGCUUCGGUCACAAUUGUCUUGAAACAGCCAUUCUUGCACGGAAUCGUUCGUUUGUGAGCUACUUAUUAAAUCUAAAUAAUAUUCCUUUAUUCAAAAAUCUUUUACGUAACGCUCAAAUUCUUGAUGUACAUUAUCGACAUGUAGACACGCCAUUAAGAAAAUUAAUUACAUGUAUGCCUGAUUUAGCCUAUCAAGUAUUGAAUAUUUGCAUUACACAUAUUGGAGAUAAGCACAGAGCACAAUCGAAAAUGAUUUACGAUUUCGCAUUUCUUGAAGAUUAUUGUUCAAUUCAACAUUGGCAACAUGAUCGAACAUUAUCCGUCCGUAUAGAUGACGAUCACAUACAUACAUGGUAUUGUCCAAUAUUUUGUCAUCAUAAACCAUUGCAAUUCCAAACAAGAUAUCGUCAUAACAAUCUUCAUCGACCGUUGAUUGCUUACACAGCAGAUCCAUAUACCUUAAUACAUAAUAAUGUACUUUCCAUGAUGUGUAAAUGUGCGAAAAAAAUCGAUUUAAAAGAUCAUGAAGAUAAUUAUGAGCAUAUCCAACAUGGCUAUCGAUUGAUGCAUCAUCCCCUUUGUCGACAAUUAACGCAAUUGAAAUGGCAGCAGUUUGGUUUGCCUUUAUUUUUAACAUCAUUUAUCAUUUAUUGUGUUUAUCUAAUCUUAUUUACUGUAAUCAUGUUACGAAACAAACAGCCGGAACAUUUUUAUCGAUUAGUUAAUGCGUCAUUUCCACACAGAUAUCAUUUGAAUGGAACAACUCGAAUGGAAUGCGCUGAAGUUGCCAAGUAUCUCGUGAAAUUGAAUUUUCACGAAGCAAUGAAACAUCCGACUGAUCGAAUCUUGAAAAACAUAGUUCUCAUUCUUCUCUGGAUUCAUGUCUGUAAAGACGCUCUGCUCAUUAUUGGUGUUCAUCGAUGUUCUUUAGUAUGGCGACUCUAUCUUGAAACAAUUUCGUUUAUUCUAAGUUUCAUUUGUUUGUAUGACGAUAAUCGAUGGCAAAGGAAACUGAAAUUUCGCUGCCCGAAACAAUGGCAAGUAGGUGCUUUCGGAGUGUUUCUUGCUUGGGCAACAUUAUUAUCGUAUCUUCGUUUUCUACCAAUAUUUGGAGUUUAUGUGGUCAUGUUGGAAGUUAUCAUGUUGAAAUUUUUAUGGUUCGCACCUGUUUUAGUCAUAUUAAUUUGUUCAUUUUCGUCGGCAUUCUACAUGCUUUUACAAAAUCAACCUGUUUUUUCAACUAUUCCAUUUGCUUGGUUUCGAUCAGUAUUCAUGAUGUUAGACACUGGCUAUGAAGAUCGUUUCUUUGGACCAGACAGUGACUCAUACAUUAGUCUUUAUCCCGUACUUUUUGUUUUGUUUCUUCUAUUCGGUGUAACAAUGACAAUUCUCGUCAAUAAUCUUCUCACAGCAUUGGCUGUGGGUGAAAUAGCUGACCUAUCGGCUAUUGCUCGUGUACGAAAUGCAACUAGACGAUAUGAAUUACUACGUGAAUGGGAAAUCUUUCGUUUGCAGUACUUGCCAGCAUCUGCGACACUUCAUCUUUAUCAUGAACAUAUUGAGAAACAAUGGGAUCGACGAGUGCAACGAGUUUUGAAAUGGAUUUAUCGACAUACAUUUUUAAAAUCGAACGAUUGA